UCUACGGUCUAUCCUGGUGUCCUAUCUGAGAACACAGAGAACGCUAAACUCCAAACAAUGCUCCUUACGAUUGAAUUUUCUGGUAAACUUCCAAGGCAUCUUUCAGAGCGCAGCAUACCUGUCGAGAUAUCCGUUUCAAUUGCUGAAGAAUUCGGAUGCUUCACCAUGCCCAUCAUACACGCUAUGUCCGUGGACCCAUGGUGCACCCCUCCUGGAAGUCCAGUAAAUGAUGUGAGUGUUCAUUCUCCUGGCCGUAUAAAGCUUACAUUCUGUAGAAGGGCUUUGAACCAUCCGAAAAUUCUAUCCUUCCUGCCGAUGACGUCCCCAUUCCAUUCCUCCCACUUCCAUCAGAACUGGGCGGAGCUAUCUCAACGGAUCGAAAAGUGGCUUAUAGAACUCGAUACGGAAUUGCCGGAGUGGUCAUGGGGACGCGACACAUUUUGGUUGACGUUUGUCACUGCAUUCCCAUCCUUCCCAAGAGGUACCUGGCCCAUGUGGGAUCCCCGCAUUCCAUUGGAAGGCACAUUCAUAGAACAGUGGCUACAGGAU